AUGAGUCAAGAUCAAUCAAACGAGCAGUACUUAACGACCAUUGGCUUCGAGCAGUCCACCAAAGCUUCUUGGUAUGGCAAGAAUGGGUGGCAGCGGGUCGACAACGACCUAGUCAAUGACAUAAGGAGAAACGACCGGCUCGAAUCUAGGAGAGAACACGAUUUUCGGUUUGAUAUGGUGUUACUAGAAGCCAAAGAAAUCAAUUUCAAUGGGCGCACACAUCUAAAUGUUCAACGAUCACACUUCCUAUGGUUACUUGAGAGGGCCAGCAUAUCGAUAUCCUCUGUAGGAACUCUAUUUCAUAGAGAUGGUUGGCAUUCUCUUACAGUCGAUAACUCCCCUCAUGUCCCAAAAAAGCCUCCCACCUCGUUGUAUAUAUCCAUGCAGACCCCAUCUCUAGAGGCUGAGUCUCCUACAAUGGGACCCCUUUCACUGCUUCUUGGAAUAUCAGCGCAGACGAAUUCGGCGUUGUGUAUUAUCAUUACAAGCAACCUCAAAGAAGCCAAUAAUAACAUUGCUGGGGCCCUACAGAGCAACUAUUUGCUGAUAAGAACUUGUCCUCUCCAUGUGCUGAACAUAUUCUGUGGGGAAUUAGACAGGUUCAAUGAAGCGUACUGGGUCAACCGUCAUCGCAGCUUCCAGAGCUGUGAAAAGAAGAUGGAUAUUUUCUGCUAUGCGCGCCAUAAGGUCUACACCGAUCCUAGACACUCUGCUUUCAGCUCGGUUCACGCCUUUAAUAUGGUAAGGCGUGGACUAGUAAACCUGGACUACGCCUUGGAUUUCGAGCUGUCGGCACUUCGCUUUACACGGGAUACAAUGGCAGCGUAUCAGGAUAUGCAGUAUAUGCCCCAGUUCUCACAGACCGAGUCGAAGGUAAUCCAGGAAAAGAAUAAUGAUCUACAAACUGUAGCCAGGUUACGCCAAAGUAGACGACAGGGGGUGGAAAAACGGGCAGCGUUAUAUGUGGAAAUUCUUAAUAGCUUUACUGCUCAGAAUGAUACCAGACUCAAUCUCGAUAUCGCUGAGAAUACUCGAAAGGACAGCAUCUCACUUAGGAAUAUAGCUAUAGUUACGGUGGUUUUCCUUCCCAUUACCGUGGUAUCUACAAUCUCUGGGAGUAACGCGCUCGACUUCGAAAAGCAGAAAAUCAGAGGUGGCGUAAGUGUGUGGAAGUACUGGUGGGCUUUUCUACUUGUUGCUAUAGUCUUGACCAUUGCGGUAUCCGGCCAGCUUUUCUAUCAGGAAAUACAAGGGAUAUUUGCUCCGCCCAGGCGACCGAGGCCAAAUGAUACUGAACAGGGUAGCGACAACAACGACGACGACAACAACAACAGCGAACAAGGAAGAACACUAAUCCGUGGGGCAUUGGGGCCUAUCGAACGCAGGAGUUACAGAGCUGAAGAAAUGAGUUAUUGA